CCGUCUAAUCAACUCACCAGUGAGUGCACGUAACUUUUCAGACAAGACUGUUCGGCGCGUAACGAGGAAAUCGCACUCUUUCUACCGUGUACUUGCAAGCCUGUUUUACUUAACAGAAAGAAAAGCGUAUAGCCUACGACCCCCUCAGAUAUAAGUAGUGUUAAAGGAAUUCAAAAUAUUCUGUUGGCUAACAAGGUCGGUGCAAGAUAAUACAAUAAGUGAUAAAGCGACGAGACAGACGGCAGCGUAUGGAUUCUACAUUUGCCGCGAAAGGGGGUUUAUGAACCUGCUACAUUCAGGAAGGUUACGGAUAAAACAGCGACAGGUCAGGCAGCGAUUUCAGGAUUGCAUGACCUCAAUUAUGUGAACAGAAUAUAAGCUUGCGGAAACUGUACGCGAGCACACAACUAAACGGCCGACGGAAAGGGGGACGGUGUUAUUUCAUUUUUCCAUCCAGGGGUAUAUCUGGAAUUUAUUCACCCAGAGGGCAUCUGAUCAAAUACAAUUCAGAAUGCAACUGUCACUGUUUUUCGUAUUGUUGGUCGGCAUUCAUCAAAGCUCGAAGGCUCUGGUGGCUUGCAGUAAAUCAUUCAGAUCUACACAGUUCAGGCGUGAUGACAGCAAUCACCUCACAGACUUGUACCGGGCGGAGGAGAGCCUCAACGUGACGGGCAGCGGGCACCUGCACAGCCCGCGCUACCCCAGCGCCUACCCCCGCAACCUGCUCCUCACCUGGAGGCUGCACUCGCCCGCCAACACCCGUAUCCUGCUGGAGUUCAACAGCCACUUCGGCCUGGAGGAGUCCGAGCACGACGUCUGCAAGUAUGACUACGUGGAGGUGGAGGACAUCUCGGAGACCAGCACCAUCAUCUGGGGCCGCUGGUGCGGGACCAAGGCCCCCCCCCACAUCACCUCCAAGACCAACGUCAUCAAGGUCACCUUCAAGUCGGACAACUACUUUGUGGCCAAGCCCGGCUUCAAGCUCCAUUACUCUCUCCUGGAUGAUUCUCCUCCAAUCAUCUCGCAGAAGAACUGGGAGGUGAUCACCCACUCCAUGGCAGCUCCGUUGACGUACGUGUCGCCGGUGACGGAGCGGCCCCUGAGCAUGGCGGAGCUGGACAAGGCCAUCGCCUCCUUCAGCACGGUGGAGGACAUGCUGCGGCACCUGAACCCCGAGUCCUGGCAGGAGGACAUGGACAGCCUGUACCACGACACCAGCAGCCAGUACCGGCCCCGCGCCUACCACCACGACCGCAAGAGCAAGGUUGACCUGGACCGUCUGCACGAGGACGUCAAGCGCUACAGCUGCACGCCGCGGAACUUCUCGGUGAACCUGCGUGAGGAGCUGAAGAGCACCGGCGCCGUCUUCUUCCCGCGCUGCCUGCUGGUCCAGCGCUGCGGGGGCAACUGCGCCUGCGGCACCGACAACUGGAACUCCUGCACCUGCACCACCGGCAAGUCCACCAGCAAGCUGCACGAGGUGCUGAAGUUUUCCCCCAGUCCGGGUUACUUCAGGAAGCGUUCUCGAGCGCGCUGGGUUCUCGAGGAGAUCCACCUGCUUCACGACGAGCGAUGCGACUGCGUGUGCCACAACCAACCCCCGCGAUGAGACAGAGGCAUCCUGGGAAAAAAAGAAACACACACACACACACACACACACACACAGCUCCGGGACUCUUUUUUAGCUCUGCAGAUCCUCUCACUUGUGCUCAUCCACCCUCAUCCUCUCGUCCCGCUUGGUAUGAGUGUGAGAAGUUGUGUGUGGGUAUGUGUGUGUGUGUGUGUAUGUAAGAAUCAGAGAAAGCAUUUGUGUGUGUGUAUGAUAUAUGUGUGUGUGUGUGUGUGUGUGUGUGUGUGUGUGUGUGUGUGUGUGUGUGUGUGUGUGUGUGUGUGUGUGUGUGUGUGUGUGUGUGUGUGUGUGUGUGUGUGUGUGUGUGUGUGUGUGAGAGCAGAUAUAUUUGUUUGCGUGUGUGCAUGUGUGCGUGUGUGGUGUGUGUGUGUGUGUUUGUAAGUUUGUACUGUAUGCCUUUCCUAUGUUUGUUUCUUUUCAUAAUUGCGUGCCAUUAGCCUCCUGUUGUUUUAAGACUUUUUCAUACAUAAUCUCACUUGUUUCAAUAGAAUCCUUCUGAGAGCCAUCCGUCUGGAGGAGCUAAGCAUGUGUAGCCUUAUUUUCUAUUUUACGGAGCGACACGCAAACACCGCUUACCGCGGGGUGUCGCUCUGAAGAAAGCAGUGUUAUUUAUUUGACAGUUUUUUUGUCAUUCUUUUUAUGUCUCUGAUGAUGAUGAUGAUGAUGAUGAUGACGAUGAUGAUUAUGCUGAUGAUGAUGAUGAUGAUGAUGGUAUGCUUGUGUCCGGCCCUAGUCUCUAUCGGUAGUGCGAGGGUGUUAGUGGUUCCAGGCAGUGGGGGCCAAGCCAAACUCUCUCCGAACAUUCCAGCCUUUGUUGUUCCUGCCCUCUUCCAUACAUGCUUUUCCUACUCAGGCAGAUCAGAGGAAGAGAGAGAGAGGA